UGUGACUCUUUUGAGGGCCGGACAGUUUGGGUGCUGGUGGAUAUUGUGUGCUCUCUUCCAAUUUUUUUUUCGCCUUCAGCACGCGAGUUGGCCACUCACAGCCGCCAUUGCCUUUUGCCCAGCGAGCUCGAGAACCGUCGAUGGGAUGGGAUGGGGCCGGGGGGGUCCUUGGCCAAGCGAGCGUUUGCGAGCAGUCAAAUCGUCGUGGGGCGAUGCGCCAGGGAAGCUAGCAAAUGCGGGAGGCGAGGACAAGGGCAGCAAACAACAGCGAUUUUCGAGAUUAAUUGGAGAUUGCAAUAACGGAUAAACUGGGCGGGCAGGGUUCGGCGUCAAAAGUCGAGUUAAGUCCAAGCCUGGUAUGGAGCGGCACCCGAAAGUACUGUACUCGUACUUGUCUCUUUGUCUUUGUUCUCUUUGGUCAUUCAUUGGUGGGUUGCUCUGCGUCUAUGUCUACAGGAUGCUGCGCUGCGCUGCGUUGUGUGUUGUUGCCAUGCUGUGUGUUGUGGUGUUGCGCCGCGUUGCGUUGCGUUGCCCUGCUUCUGCUUGCUUGCCUGCUUGUCUACUUGCCAGAUGCACUCUGCGCUGCAACUUUGUUAUCGUCGAGCCAAACCGCGCUCAACGCAAGUAAUUGCCCUAUGUGUAUGCGUGGCCGCGAACCAAAGUGUUGGGGGUGCAAGCGAGAGCGAGAGCUAGAGAUAAAGAGAAAGAGACAAGAGAAAGUGUGUGUGUGUGUGGACGAGCGAGGCAUCGCGAUUCGCAGC